CUUGAGACGAAUAGUUCAGUAAAACCUAGUCACAAGAAACACGCUAAGACAUGUUUGAAAAAAAUUGUAUAUUGUGAAUUAGUUUGUUCUGCAUGCAUAAAUUUCUUUGCCUUUUCCUCCUGUCCUUCUGUAACUGUGUUUGUAAUUAGAAAUUUAAAAAAAUGAUUAUAUCAUUUAUGAAUGUUCAUUUAAAAGCAAAAAAAUAAUCUAAAUGGCAAUUUUUGUUAACUUUAAUUAUAUGGCUAUGAUUAAAUUAAUAAAAAAUAUGUGGUAAUUAUUUAACGUGGAAAUUACAAGAAAGUACUCACGUUUCUCAAUUUUAAAGAACUCGGAUCUAUCAAUCUGAUUUGUAUUAAUCUGUUUGUUCGAAACACACAUGGAAGUUUCGCGAACCUGGUACGUAAUCAUUGUGAUUACUGCGUGCACCUGCGGUACACGCACAGAAUGUGGUGAAACCGUGCGAAUUUCACUUUUAACAAGUAUGCAUGAUACUCCAUCGUGUACAAAGUUGUCGACGAAAGGGAUUACACUUUACGAAGCCGCUAAGCUUUUUACAGAAAUUCAAAACAACAAAACCGACGAAUUCGAAAUCGAAAUUACCGUUUUGGACACAUGCGGAGAUGUAACGGACGCUCUGAAAGCGGUAAUGAAGGCUUUGGUAUGGGCAGAUAUCAACUGUUUGCAUCCACCUCAUUAUCUAGGAAUUAUUGAACCGGAUACCAUGACCAAUGCCGAAGCGGUACACAAAGUGACUUCUAUAUUAAAAGUGCCGCAUAUUGUCAAAAAAUCGUCGAUUUCUCCGUAUUCGCACUCUUUAACGGAGGAAUCAAACUCCUACUUAACACAGGGAAUCUUAAAAAUGAUAGAAGUCUUAAAGUGGAAAUCCUUCACAUUAGUAGCUAACGUUGAUGAUGGAAACGACGAUGACGUACAAAAUAUUAUAAAGAACCUAACGAUAAAUGCCAUAAAGAAGAAUUUGUGUGUUAUAAUUCACGAUAAUGAUAAAAAAGUUAUAGAUUACACGUCACAUAUUGUAUACGUUGGAAAGCCAAAAGAAAAAUUUUUCAACGAGCCCAAAAAUGCAACCAUACUAAUCAUCAGCGAGGAAAAUUUGGAAGAUUACUUGAAUCAUAUAAAUUCAUCUAAUACCGUACUGCUUUUAAAAGAUUCAAGGAAUGUAAUAAUUAACAGUCUUGAGUGGAGAAUCAAGAAUUCUCAAUGGUGGGGAUGCGAUAAUGAUUUUGAAAAAUUCAAUACUGAGGAAUUGAAACAAGUCAGAUGGCUAGAAAAUGCUAUAGAAGUUUACGUGAAAGCUUUAAAAUCCCUAUGCAAAAACAAAAAGUGUAACAGUCAAAUAAAUCCUUUGGACUGGAAUCAAGCAGUGUCGGACACGUUAAUAACGCACAAUACAGAAUUGGAUGCGGCGCUGAAAUUCCUCGAAUUGUUUAUGAAAAAAAAGACAAGUAACUUAGAGCGUCUGGGUGGCAUAAUCAUUCACCAGAAUAGAGCAAAAGUUUAUUGGAGUGAAAACAAAGCAAACGAGAAAGAAGAAAAUGAGACUGAAGAAACUGAGAAAAAUCACGAAGCGCCGAAAGGCAACGACAACGUGUCGUAUAUGUUCAGAGAACUUCUGAAAGAAGAAAAUGAAUCGCAAUCGGGAUGUGCCAUAGAUGUCAAAGAGAUUAAGAUGCUUGAAAAGAACAGUAAGACGACACAGAUUUUAGUUUCGGGAAUGGACGAUAGCGAGUGGUGGACAAUGGUGUACAUUGUAAGCAGCGUAGGAAUCGCGAUGUUUUUGGUGGGAUUUAUCGCCGUUUACAUUAUUUACACGAACAUACAGGGACCAACGCGGUGUACUAACAGUAAAAAUCAUUUGGAUAGAGAUACCAGUUUAAGGAGAAUGAGUAAUGGGGAAUUACCCACAACCAUAACCACCCGUAACCAGCGAGCGUUACAUACUCCACAAAGAAGAGACAGCGACAGAAGCGUUACAUCUGAGAAAAGCGUUUAACAUUAAAUGCAUUGAAAAUAAUAGAACGCAUGAAUUAGUGAAUAAAUCGAGCAUGUCUUCUUAGCGGAAGAUAAAAAUUUGCUUUGAAAUAAUAAAGCAUAUACAAAAGCAUA